GAAGCUAAAUUAAAAUUCGUUAUUAGGGUUCUGCUCCUACUACGCCGUAAUUUUGAUUCCUUUAGUUUUUUGAUUUCAGGGUCGAUAUGGAGAUUGAGAGAAACGUUUCAGUCCCUGGUAAGAAGAAUCUAGUUAAAGUCGAGUUCAAGCUUGGGACAGAGAGCUACAUCAUUGAUUCAUCAAACAAGGGUGAUACUGUAUUGGACCAAUUGGUUUCGAUGAAAGUUGAAAGUAUGAAGAUACUUAAAGAUUUUAUCACAAAGCAUAAUGUUCCAGAUGAUGAUGAUGUCCCCGACCAAAUCUUGUCUGAUGAUGAAGAAGGUGAUGAUGUUGCUUCUCCUGUAAUAUGUCCUGUGAAACCUAAGAAGACAAAGAUUUGAGUUCGUUUUUAGUUAUCACUACUGUCUUGUUAGCUGGUGAUUUGAUCUUGAACCUUUGUCAAAUUUUGUUAACAGUUUUGGGGUUUUCUAGAGAGAA